GGCGUCUCUGUUGUGGGAUUAUUUAGCGCCUAUACAAAAAGUGUGACUUGUCAUUCACAUUUUACCUGUCAAGGAAUCAACACUCUUUCAAGAUACUGGCUGGUUUCCGACCUAUAAACACCAUUUAUAAAAGCUUUGGAUGGAAAAUUAAAAUUCAACAGAUCAUCCACGAACAUCACUGAGUAAGGAUGCCCAUAAUACAAGUAAUGUUUUUCUGGAUAAUCCCAUUAUGGAUUGCCAUAAAGAGAAUAUUUCCAAAAAACUUGUGGCAGGAUUUCAAGUUCUGCAUAAAAUUGAUCCAUUAUGUUCAGAAGGUAGAAAGAUCGGUUAAACAUUGUCCUUCUCCUGGAAUGCUAGAUGUAUUUUUGCAGCAAGUAUCUGCAAGACCCAACCAGGCAUUCAUUUUAUACCAAGACCAGGCUCAUACCUACAGAGAUAUAGAUAUUACAAGCAAUCAGGCCGCAUGGGCUUUAAGAGAGCAUGCAAAGGUGAAAACUGGAGACUGUGUUGUUAUUUUUGCUUUUAAUGAGCCUUCAUAUGUCUGGACUUGGUUGGCAGUUGCCAAAUUGGGUUGCUCCAUGGCUUGUCUGAACUACAAUUUACGGGCCAAGUCCUUUCUGCAUUGCUUCAAGAUCAGUGGGGCAAGAGUUCUCAUUGCUUCUCCAGUUCUGAAGGAUGCCGUAGACGAAGUGUUGCCUACUCUUCUAGAAGAAGGAGUGCUGGUGUACUAUCUGAACAGAGAUUCUUUUAAUGAUGGAACACACAGUUUACUUGACAAAAUGGAAGCUUCUUCUGAAGAUUCGGUCCCAGAAUCCUUUCGAUCAGAUGUUUCUCCACAAUCCCCUGCUCUAUAUAUUUACACGUCUGGAACUACAGGUCUUCCAAAAGCUGCCACCAUAACUCAGAAACGUGUUUUGACUAGUUGUACCGUUAGUAUGUUAACUGGUCUCACAAGUAAAGAUGUCUUGUACAUCCCAUUGCCUCUUUAUCAUAGUUCAGGACUACUUAUUGGACUACGCGGAUGCAUUCAAGUUGGAGCCACCUGCCUUUUAAGAAAUAAAUUCUCAGUUACUGAGUUUUGGAAUGACUGCAGAAAAUACAAUGUAACUGCAUUUAUGUACAUUGGGGAAAUUGUUCGAUAUCUGUAUAAUGCGCCGAAGAAAACCAGUGACAAAGACCACAGUGUAAAAUUUUGCAUUGGGAAUGGUGUCAGAGCCGAUAUCUGGAGAGAUUUCACAAAUCGUUUUGGUAACAUUACACUCUAUGAGAUCUAUGGAGCAACAGAAGGGAAUGCUUUCUUUUUUAACUACAGCAAUAAAGCAGGUGCAAUUGGAAGAUACAACAUCUUUCUAAAGCUUCUUCAGCCUUUCGAGGUUAUCAAAUAUGAUACAGAAAGAAAUGAGCCUGUAUUGGAUCACAGAGGACGCUGCAUUCAGACAGAAAGAGGUGAGCCUGGCCUGCUUAUUGCAAAAAUUAUCAAAAGUAACCCUUUUAGCGGGUAUGCAAGAAAUGAGUCUCAGACUAAGAAAAAGAUCAUUCAAAAUGUAUUAAAAAAGGGAGACAUGUACUUCAACAGUGGAGAUUUGGUCAUGGUUGACAAAGAGGGUUUUGUCUACUUUCAUGAUCGAAUAGGAGACACAUUUCGAUGGAAAGGGGAAAAUGUAGCUACUACUGAAGUGGAAAAUAUUGUAUCAACAAUGGACUUCAUUGAACAGUCUAAUGUCUUUGGAGUUCCAGUGCCUUAUCACGAAGGCAGAAUCGGAAUGGCAUCGGUUACACUAAAAGAAGGCAGAUCAUUUGAUGGUGAAAAACUAUAUGCAAAAGUUGCAGACUAUCUUCCCAGUUAUGCCAGACCUCGUUUUGUCAGAGUACAGGAUUCCAUGGAAGUGACUGGCACCUAUAAACUUAAUAAAUUAGAACUGGUGAAGGAAGGCUUCAACCCUGUCGUAAUAAAAGAUCCUCUGUAUUUCUUGGAUGAAAAGGUUAAAUCUUACGUACCAAUGAAUAACAAUAUUUAUCAAGCCAUUUUGGAGAAAAAAUUUAAACUGUAAUGUGAUGGUACCCUAUAAUGGUUACGUUCCCAUCUCUGGGCAAAUAUCAAACCCCUUCCCACCCCCUUCAAUACACCCUGCACAUUUUAUUUUUCCUACCUUGUAAAGCAAGAAAUACUCACUUAAGUCUGCAGUCCUGAUCCCUUGCCUGCACAUCUUUCGGGUGCCCGGGGACCCACUGCAGCCAGUUUGCUGAUGUCACUCCUCAUCAUGGUCCUGAGAGGACCCCACCACUGGACAGCUAAUACAAAGUGUCUACAUCACGUAGUCAUUGACAUGGACACUUAAAGAAGAUAAGGAUAAGAGUGUCAUGUGACUGCAGAUAUAGGUGAAUAAAAGAGGCAGGGAUGGUGUGUAGGAGGUGUGGAAUGGGAUAGAUGGAGCCCAAAGUUUUGCUAUAAUUGACAUGGCUUUAAAAUUCUAUGUGUGUGUGUACAGAAUAUAUAGAAAUUUAUUUAGGACCUGACAAUCUAGGAGCCAACAGCCAAAUCUAUGAGCUAUGUGAAGUACCUGCUGUAGGUGUAAUUUUCAGUACUAUAAAUAUUUGCAUACUAAGGC